UUCCUCCCCGCUCCCGUCGUGCUCCGCGGUGACCUACGCGGGCGCGCUGCGGGAGCCGCCAUGAGCGCGGCGCUGGCGGUCGCUUGGCAACGGCUGCGCGGAGCGGCCUGGGGGGGCCGCGCUGCCGCCCUCUGCCGCGGCCUACGGACCGGCCCGCAGGACCUCGCGGAAGCGGCGGCCGCGAAGGAGGCGGAGACGCAGGACGCGACCGACCUGAGCCCUUUAAUCCUGCAGAGGAGCUCCAUGAGAUGGAACGGAAAGGUCUAUGAAGAGAUCCCCAUAGCUCACAUCAAAGCUACAUACAACAACACCCACAUCCAAGUGGUCACCUUUGACAACACGUCGCUGGCGCACACAUCCUGCGGCACAGAAGGCUUCCAGAAUGCCAAGAAGGGAACUGCCAUCGCGGCACAGACCGCAGCCAUGGCAGCAGCAGUGAAAGCCCGUGGGAAAGGUGUUCUGCAUGUACGAGUGAUGGUGAAAGGAUUGGGACCGGGACGCAAAGCCGCCAUCAAGGGUUUGACAAUGGGAGGUUUGGAGGUCAUCUCCAUCACUGACAACACCCCAGUGCCACACAACGGCUGCCGCCCUCGGAAGGCCAGGAGAAUGUGAAGGGGGAGUGGAAGAGACACACAGUGUUCAACACCAGUUCAUGCAGCAGGGGCUGAACGUUGCUCCUGUGAUAGAUUCUGGGAAUCCACCCUCCCUGGAAAUACUUGUUAAGGGAAGCUUGAAGAAGAGAGACCAUCCUGGGCCUUAAAAGCCCAGGUGGUAAAAGCAGGAACAUGUGUACUUCCUUAGUGGGAAGCCUCUUGUGUGUAAAGUUUGUUGAUUAAAAUGUUGGUCUUUUGACAGCCA